AAAUUAAUUAUAAAACAAAGAAUAUUACAGCCAAUCAAAUCAAAUCAAAUCAAAUCAAAACAAAACAAAAAAUUAAUAAAAACUUCUACAUAAAGCAUCAAACUGAAAAUGGAUCUUUCAAAAAUAGAUAUUUUCUCUUCUCCUUUCCAAUUCAAUUUUGGAAUACAAACUAAAAGAAAAGGUAGUUUACCUGGAGCCAUUUUAUCAAUAUUUCUAAUAACAGUUAUACUCAUUUACUCAUCAUACUUAUUUUAUCAGUAUUUUAGCAAUCAAAUUAACCCCAAUUACUCAUCUCAAAGUUUUAUUUCAGAAGAAACAAUCUCUAUUGACCUUUCAAAUGAUCUCGUUGGAUUUAGAUAUGAGUAUGGAGUUAAUCUCAAUCUUGAUGAUUUAUAAGAUUAGUAAAAUAAGACAUAUUUAGUAUUUGUUCCUUUUUUCUAUUUUUAAAAUGGAAGCGAUUUCUAAUUGAUACCUUUAAAUUAUACUAAAUGUAGUAACGCCAAGCUUUAAGGGUUUAAUUGUUUGGAUUUUUCUAAUCUUAAAAACUACUCACUAAUUUUAAGCACCUUAGAUAACAUAUCUUCAAAUAUUUACCUUUUUGUAUACUAAUGUUAAGACACAGAUAUAUUCAAAACUGUUAUUCCUAAUAAUUGUGCUGAUUAAAAAGAAAUUAAUUCUGUUAUUAAUAACCCCUACGCUGAUUUUCGUUUGAAAUUCUACACCUCUUAAUAUAAUACUACAUCAUAAGCAAUUUAAUCAAGCUACAGAAAUUCAUAUGUAUAUUUGUAAGGGGAUUAAUUUCAAUUGUACACUUAUAAAACUCAAAAGCAGAUCACUAAGCUCAAACAAGGAGCUAUAAUUCAAUCUGAGAGCACUUUCUCUUCUCCUAUAUAAUAUGAUUUACAAAAUUUCAGCUUCAAUAGAUAAUCUUUUAUCUAAAAUGCUAAUUAGACUUCCUAUUUGUAAAUUACUAUUCAGAUGGAUGAAAUUGUUUAAAUAAUACAAAUUUAAUAUUCAACUUUUCCAUAAAUACUUGCUUAGUGUAACAGCACUUUAGCACUUUUGAUGUGUUUAGGUUUUUUAGGAAGAAAUUUUGCUUAGAAGCUGAUGAGAUAAGAAAUUUUUCUUCUUAUGUUAUAGAAUAUGUUUCUUGGAACUUAUUAGAAUAUAUUAAAAGAAAGUAAAAUUCUGGAUAAAAAGGAUGAUGAUUAUUUUAAAAAUUAAAUGAAAUUCGAUUAAAAUAGAAUAGAAGAACGAGAAGAAGACCUGAAAGUAGAUAGCGUUUAAGAGAUUAUUGUUCCUUCCUUUGAUAUUAAAUUAAUAAAAUCAAUUAAUAAUAGCCAUAAUUAAUCACCUAUAAAUCAAAUCUAGCCACCUUUAAAUUCACCAAAAUAUUAAAAUAAUAGAUUUAUCUCAUUUGAGUUAGCUGAAUAAAAGUUGUAAGGAGCGAAAAAAAAAACAAUAAAAAGUAUAUUUAAUCAAGAAAUAGGUUUAAAAAGCCAAUAGAGGAGGAUUUAAAAGAAAAUAAAAUUAACAAAUUCAAAGUUAUUGAAAUAAAAUAGUUUAAAAGAUAACUAUUCAAUUUAAAAUAAUUUUGAAAAUAUAACUUUGAAAACUUAAGAAACAAGCUAAGAAUCCUUAUUUAAAGGAUUGAGUAAGAAUUCUCAUUUAAAGAAAAGCCAUAGCAUUUAUUCAGAAGGCUAACGAUAAGACACUAUUUUAUAAACAGAAAAGACUCAAAGGACGAAUUUUGUUGAGCAAUAUUACUUUAAAAAAAUUAAAGCAAUAAAAUGCUAGUCUGUAUUGAAAAAUAUUCAAAACAAAAUAUUUAAAAUGAAGUGUUUUAAGGUAAGUGAUUACUAGUAAUCCCAAGGAUUAUGCUAAAAUGACAAGCGCGCAAUAGAUGACUAUAUUAAUUAAAGCUUAGAUGUAUUGCAGCUCUAUAGAGAUAUUACAUUUUUAAAGAAAGCAGCUUUAAUUCUACUGAGUAAGGAUUAGUUGGCUAUUUUAUAGCUAGUUGGUUUAUCAUCAGAUUUUUUGAAAGAACCUGAGAGAAUGAGCUUUUUUGAAGAAUAGUAUUCUAUUUUAAGAGACAGUAGCUUGUAAGAAAAAUACAUAAAUUUUUUCUUUAAAAGAAUUUAGGAUAGCCAAGAAAUAAGUGAAACAGAUUUAAGAAUUUUAGAUUCUUUAUAAUGA